GGUUCCUCCUCCUAGUGAAUCAUUGUCGCCUCUAAACAACGACUAAGCAGACAACCCGCCUCAGGCUCUGCCAAAGUCUUGGCUUUCUCUCUCCCUUUCACGCCUCCUCAAUCCGCUUCCAACCUUCCAACCAACCGACAACUAACCACACCAUCUUUCAUCCUUUUUUCACCUCCCCAUCCAACUCACCAUCGUCGUUGUUGUUUUUUGUUUCAACUCCUUACUUCAUGAAUUGGCAAUAAUCUAGACAAACGCACUUUUGCAUUUUCCCAUCCCCUCCUCCUUCUCCCCCCCCCCCGUCUCCCUGACGCUCUCGUCGCUCCCACCCGCCUUCCAUCCUCACUUUAGGGGUUGAAAGCAAGCGCUGCCAUCUGUGAUCGAGCCAGCUCAUCUCACUUCCCUCCCGGAUCGCCGUUCGAGCCAAAUUCCAUCUCGAAACCUUUGGGUUUCACUCCUCUCGCCCAUCAUGCGGGAGGUCAACUUCAGUAUCCCCAAUGUCAACAAGGCUUCGGUCAAUAUCACCACCACCCUCUAUGACCGGCGUGCCCUCGAUUGUACAUCGACCCUCCCCCUGAUCAACUCCCUGAACCAUCUGGCCUAUCUCACUACAUCGUCCGCCCGGAUUCGCGAUAUCCUCACCGUCGAUGGCGGCAUCGAAAGACUGGUCUGUAUCCUCAAGGAGGGCCGGAGUCGAGAUCUGAUGGAGAUGUGGAAGUGGAGUCUCGCCUUCCAGUGUGUCGUCAACAUCGGGGUGCGGGGGUCUGAGGGCGUGAGGACGAGAGUCGUGGAGGCUGACAUGGUUCCGGUGAUUGCCACCAUCUUGGACAACUAUAUCAAGGUGGUGGACAAGGCGCGGGCGCGGUCGGACCCUGAGGCUCAGCGACACUCGUCGAGGCUCCAUCCCAAGCCCCCGGCCCCGACCAUCGAAUCUGCCCGUGCGGCCUUGCUGGAGCAAUCAUCCGCCGCGGAGCAACGAACCUCGCGCCGUCACGCGCCGCCCCCGAACAUCGAAAUCCCGCCGUUCCUGCAGGACACCCAGGCCCCCGAUUCGAGUGCCAUGGACGUCACGGCGUCUCCUCGCAUGCCAGUGACCUCUCCCCCCGAACGAAGCACUUUUGGUUCGGAUGCCCACACCCACAGAUCCCAGGAGGGUCGCCACCUCCACGCCGGUCACCGUCACCGUGCCAUGCAGCCGCUCGCCACGGCGCUGCCGCCGAUGGACACCGCCGAUGGGUUUGGCCUGCGCCCCAUCCGUGACACCGAACGACUGCCCAGCAUGCUUCCCGGUCUUCAUAAUGGCUUCGCCUCUCAGCCCGACUCCCCGACAACCCCAAGUGGUCCCGUCCAAUCUCAGGGCAACUCCCAGACCGUCGCCCCGAGAGAACGUCCGACCCUCAGACAACAGCAGUCAGCGUCCGGCGAAUCGGACGACGGCAACGGAGAAGGCUCGUCGGCCAUCGGCGACGAUGCAGGCUCCCGGGAGUCGGCUGAGCCGAUCGUUGGACUGCAGAACCGGAUGGAGAUUGACGAUGUGGGCGAGAGACAGACCGGGUUGCCCGGCGUGUCGAACACACAUGAUUUGACGUUGACUGAUCCGUCCGAGGGUCAAGAGGCCGAGACCUUCAACAUCACCCACCAUUCCACGGUGGAUGGCAGCAUCAUCAACAACGACACCACCCAGACCAACGGCGGGCUCGGCUUGUCGCCCACCCAGGCGGUGAAUAAUGGCAACUCCCCCGCCAUUGUCCCCAGCCCCUAUUCGCUGUACUUCCGGGAUCGAUCGGCCAGCCAGAGCGUCCUGACCACGAUCCCCCGGGAUGAAGACGUGCUGAUGUCCUUGCAACUCCUCGCCUACGUGUCCAAGUACUGCAACCUCCGGUCCUAUUUCCAGAACUCGCACCUGGUGCCGAAGCUCAAGGUCGACCGCGAACUUCAGCUGCUGGAAGAGGGAACGUCGCCGGUCGACCUCCCGGAGGAAGAGGAUGAGUAUCUCCUCCCCGACGAUGUCAACAUCUUCCCUCUGGUCGAGAGGUUCACGGUUCGACACCACUCGAAGGAGAUGCAGUACUGGGCGUGCGUGGUCAUGAGGAAUCUCUGCCGCAAGGACGAGUCCCGGGGUGGCAUCCGCCAAUGCGCCUACUACAAGUGCGGCAAGUGGGAAGAAUUCCAACGCCAGUUUGCCAAAUGUCGCCGCUGCCGUCGGACCAAGUACUGCAGCAAGGAUUGUCAGAAGGCGGCAUGGGUCUACCAUCGCCACUGGUGCCACACCACGCCAUGAUGUGAACGGACGGAGUUGUCUAAUAUCCAUAAUGCAUACUGGCUUGCAUAGCGUCAUCAUACCUGUCAUCUGCUAUCAUUUUCUUUUCAUCCUGUUUCAUUUUCCAGAGGUCGAUACAUGGCCACCUGUGCAUGGCAUUUGAACCUGGCGGCGUUCAUCAUCAUCCCAGAGAUACCUUUUGUAUGUCGUCUGUUACUCGUUUUAUUUCCCUCCCCCCAAUUAUUCCCAUACGCCUGUUUCCAUUAUCUCGAGGCACUGAGACCUGCCUACUACACGUGGAUCCCUUCAGCGAUCAUGAAUAUGCACAGUUAUCAUGCUCCAUAUCUCUCUUCCUUCCACAUAUUCUCUCCAUGCCUUUGCUCUCGCCGCUGCUUAUAUCUAUGGUGGGACAUAUCAUAUUCUCAUUUUAUCUAUUCAUUAUUUCUUUUCCUUUUCUCUUGCAAUAUUCCCCUCCGUGAAUAGUGAAUGUUCCUUGCCUUCGGCGUGGUCCAUUGUAACGUCGGACGAGUUUCUUUUGUCAGUAGCUGCGUGCGACGCCAGCACCCACCUACAUCUUCUUUCAGCGGUUUUUCUUUGAUCUAUCAUCCAGCCGUCCUGUUUUCUUUUUUUUUUUUUUUUCAAAUUUUCAACUUGUCU